AUGUACCCGCGCAACAGUGCGCAACAGGCCCGCGGCAUGAGCACUGGCUUCGUGCAGUUUGCAAGACGGGAGCAGGCGCUGCGUGCGAGGAACGCGAUGAUCGACAAGGAGUAUUUCGGCCUGCACCUUCGCAUCGAGUUCGCGCGGCCCGUGGGCGGGCUGCAGUUCGGCAGCCAGCCGGCCGUCCACGCCAUGCACGCGCCAGACAAUGCGGCCAGUGCCACAGAGAGCCCCGGGGAUGCCAACAUCCAGAGCAAGAAGAGGUCCAGGUUCGACAUGGCGAAGACGUUCUGCAUAGCUAUCCCUGCGGACAGGAUCGUGCGCAGGCGCAUUGACACGGCGGCAGAAUUCGUCGCCAUCGAAGGUUGGGAUUUCGAGCGGGCGCUAAUGGACCGGGAGGGCGCCAACCCGUGCUUUGCGUUCAUGUUGUGCGACCCGAGCAAUCUGGAGGACCCGCUGCACCUCUACUACCGGUGGAAGGCGUUCUCGCUGCUCCAGGGGGACUCGAUGGACCAGUGGCGCAUGGAACCGUUCCAGGUGUACGUGAAUGGGCCGUUGUGGCAGCCCCCCCUCUGUGACCGCAGGGAGGAGGCACCGUCGGUCCCGGGCCCAGUGCCGCGCCUGGAGCUCUCCGGCAUUGGCGGGCUCCGGCCGACGGGCGCCGGCGGCGGAGCGGGCUCCGCAGAGCUUCCGGCGGCGGAGGCGGCCAAGUUGGACGGCCUGCUCCGAGAGUGCAGCUCGUGGAGCCGAGCGGGCAUCCUCGAGGCGAUGGUCUUCUGCCUCGACCACGCCUCCUCGUCCCAGGCCAUCGCCCAGCGGAUCUGCGAGCGGCUGCGGGACCCGCAGGCCGCCGAGGCGGCCGUGAUCGGGCACCUGUAUUUGGUCAGCGACGUGCUCUUCAACUCGCGCUGCUCGAGGCCCGGCGCCACCGCCUACCGCCGGCAGUUCCAGGAGGGCCUCCCGGCGGUCGUGGCGCGCCUGCGGGAGAUGUGCGACGGCAUGUCCGUCCUCGGGGCCGCGGCCUUCCGGGAGCGCACGGCGCGCCUGCUGGACGUGUGGGCCGAGUGGUCGAGCUUCCCGCGGCAGUUCACCCAGGGCCUGCAGGCGACCCUCUGCCAGCAGACUGCGGAGGUAGUCAGGUCCUGGUGCAGCUCCACAAGAAGUGGGAGCACCUCCUCGCCGACCAGGCGCUGCUCGAGCGCGAGUGCCGCGUGCGGGGCCUCCUGGCGCAGGGAUUGCCGAGCAAGCUGCUGGACCAGCUCUGCCGCUACGAGGCCUACUGGGGCGAGAAGCUGCUCGCCAGGGAGGAGGAGGAGAGCGAGAGGCAGAGACUCGCGGAGGAGGUCGAGUGGGCUCGCCUGGUCGACCCCGAGCUGGACGGAGAGGCCCUGGAGGAGGCCGACCUGGAGGUGGCCGACGUGGAGGACGAGGGCAGCCCGUCCGAGCGCCAGCGCAUCUUCGCUGGCGCCACGUGGGCGCAUGCGCUCCGGCGCCCGGUGGCCCCCGGGGCCCUGGCCGCACAGGCCCCGAGGCCCCAGGCGCCCGCCGCGGUCCCCCCGCGGCGCCCUGCGGCGCGCGGCCGUGCGCCCGGCGAGGCGGGCGCCGCCGACGCUGGCGAGGGCUUCGCCCUGGUUUCGCCCUCGCCAGAGCGGCCCGCCGGCGGCGGCGCGGCCUCUGGGCUGGCAGGUGGAUCGACCUCGUCCUCCGCCUCGCCAGCGGGCCGCGCUGAGGCCCAGCCAGCCAAGAGCGCCCCGAGCGCCCACCUGCGCACCGGAGAGAGUCCGCAAAAGGACGCGCUGCGGGCAGUCUCGGUGGCGCCAAGGCCAAGGACAAGGAGUCGGGGAAGGAGAAGGCGAAGGGCAAACACAAAGACAGCGAUCGACAGAAGGAGAGGCCCAAGGACGGCGAGAAGGGAAAGGACAGGGACGCGGGCAAGGACAACGAUAG